CCCCAGAUGGAGGGAUGCAGGCUUCCUCCACCGUGAAGAAGCUGCAGGAAUAAACGGAAACGCCCAGAAGCAAGAUGACAGAGGGACGUAUGUGCCAAGUUCAGCUUCUGGACAACAGAAAACUGGAGCUGCUGGUUCAGCCGAAGUUGUUGUCCCGUGAACUUCUGGAUUUAGUGUCGUCUCACUUCAAUUUGAAAGAAAAAGAGUACUUCGGGUUCACCUUCAUUGAUGACACUGGUCAGAGUAGAUGGCUGCAGUUGGACCGCAGAGUAUUGGAGCAUGACUUUUCCAAGAAGACUGGACCCAUCGCCCUCAACUUCCUGGUUAGGUUUUACAUUGAGACCAUUUCUCUGCUGAAAGAGCACACGACGGUCGAGCUGUUCUUCCUCAACGCUAAGGCCGGCAUCUAUAACGGUGACAUUGAGGUGGAGAGUGAACUGGUUUUUAAAUUGGCUGCUCAUGCUCUGCAGGAAGCUAAAGGAGAUUACACAAGUGAUGAGGCCACCCGAGAGGAUUUAAAGAAACUCCCAACUCUGCCAACGAAAGUGCUGAAGGAGCACCCGUCUCUGGCAUACUGUGAAGAGAGAGUGAUUGAGCAGUAUAAGCUGCUGAAGGGUGUGUCGAGAGGACAGGCCAUCGUACAGUAUUUAACGCUGGUCGAGUCGCUGCCUACAUACGGAGUCCACUAUUAUGAAGUGAAGGAUAAACAGGGCAUGCCGUGGUGGCUCGGGAUCAGCUACAGGGGAAUCGGACAAUAUGACAUCCAGGACAAAGUCAAACCCAGACGGUUAUUCCAGUGGAAGCAGUUGGAGAAUCUAUACUUCAGAGAGAAGAAGUUUGCUGUAGAGGUGAACGAUCCCCACAGGCGAGCAGUGACUAAGCGCACAUUUGGACAGACGGGCUUAGUGAUCUAUACGUGGUAUGCUAAUCACUCUUUGAUCAAAACCAUCUGGGUGAUGGCCAUCAGUCAGCAUCAGUUCUACCUUGAUCGGAAACAGAGCAAGGCUAAAAUGACCGCGGCAAGAAGUUUAGGAGACAUUGCUGUGGAUCUGACUGAAAAUGGAGCUGCAAAAACCACUAAACUUAAUGUAGGGACCAAAAACCAGCUCAUCAUGGCCAGUAAUGGGAGCCUUGUCUCAACUGGUUCUGCAGACUCUGAGAUGAACGAUGAGCAGAAAAGAGAGAAGCUGGCUGAAUUAAGGGUAAAAGAGAAAGAAAUUCAAGCCGUACUGAGCCACAAAAUGGCCGAGCUGAAGGAGAUAUGCCUUAGGGAAGCUGAGCUGACUGGUAAGCUCCCUAAAGAGUACCCGAUGGGUGCAGGUGAGAAACCUCCUGGCAUCAGGAGAAGAAUUGGAACAUCUUUCAAACUGGACGAACUUUUCCCGUAUAACGAGGAUCCAUACCUGAGGAACCUGGAGAGUCGUUUUGCUCUACAGAGGAAGAUCGUAGAAGCAGCGAAAAAGCUAGCUUCAGAACACGACAUCGGCAAAACGGUGAAGAAGAAGAGGAGGAGGAAUUGCCUGGAUGCCAUGCAGAAACUUCAGGAAAUCGAGGAUGAGAUGAACCGUUACCGUGUAAAGAAGGGCAAGAGACCCACUCAGAGAGCCUCGCGGAUCAUUGCAGAAGAACUGGGUCAGUCAGAAUGCAGCUCCCUUUCUGACAGCAUCCCUUUGGAUGAAAAUGAUGCUAGUCAGCGUCGGCGGUCUCGCUCCCUGCAAUGCUCUCCGUUACUCAACGCUCCUCCCACGGUCAGCCUGGACUAUGAUACACAGAGACGAUCCUCUGAGAGCGACACACACCAUGACACUGCACUCAGCAGACUGGAGUGUGAUGGUCAGCCUGGUUUGUAUUACACCUCUCACGAUGCCUCCUCAGCCAGCAGCAGUCCCUAUAAAACCGUCCCUCGCAGGCAGGCGGAGCUCCAAAACGUUGCACAGACCCUUGCCCUGACCCGUAACGCCUACAGCAGCAGCCAGCUGGGGUCUGACGGUCCAGGCCACGCAUUCCGACAUCGCAGUGGAAGUUUGGAGUCUCAGUCCCAUUUCCUUUGUUAUUCCAGUUCGGAGAGAUCCGUUUUUCCAGGUCGCCGUAGCAACAGCAGUGAGAUCCUGGAUGAUUGUUCGUCGUGCACAAGUGUGUCCAGUGCCGAUUUUGGCCCUCCUUGUCCUUCCACUCCUCCGUAUCUCAUCCCUUCAUCGCUCCAUCACCAACCCAACACAGGCAGCAUGCCAAACCUGGUGCCCCACCACACACACACUCAUGCUCACGUACAAACUCACCCACGCACACCAUAUAGCCCUGCCGCAUAUUAUGUACCCGGCUAUGCCACUUCUGACUAUGAGCCAUACGCUAAUGCCAGUGCUAAUGGUGCUUACGUAUACGAGAAUGAACUCGAAGGACACUAUAAUGUCAACCCCUCAUAUCAUGCGCAUGGAUACCAUGGAAAUGGGCGCAGCAAGAAUUAUGGGAUGGUGCACAAUCCAUAUGCAACACUGAGACCUCCAAGAAGCAAGAAUGAACUGUUGGCAAAAACCAUGCAAAAAGCGUUAGUGGUGGAGCAUCUUAGAGGCUGGUACAAUCGAAACACUGCGGGAAGGAAGCCGGUCUAUGGCUACGAAUAUGAUCGAGGAUACCAACAUCUGGGCUACCAAACAUUACCAGCUCCAUUUAGCAGAUCCAGUAGGACCAGCUCUUAUUCAUCAGUCUCCUCUACAGCUAGUGGAGGAACAAACUGGCACACGAAUGCAGAUUUGGGGCGAAGUGAGAGUGAAGUGGAUGGAGACAUCACCCCAACAUCCCAAAAGUCCUUUGCUGGAGCCUACAGUCCCACACGCAGCAGGUUUCCUACUGAAGGCAGUCCGUCCAGGCGCACCGAUUCUCUCCCACACACUUCAGAAUGUGGAGAUGUGUUCACCAAUGAUACAGACCAUUAGAAGAAGCACAACAUGACGGGAGGACCAAAUCUCUACCACAGCAGCACAGCACACAUGGGGUGACCUGUCUUCACCUGUUUCCUGUAAAAUGUAGAAAAGGGAUUUUUUUUUAAAUCGUGCCUUGGAAUGACCAGUUCAGUCAGAGGGGUUUUAAUCAGAACUUGAAGAUAUGGAUAAAUGGUGAUAAAUAAAAUAUUACAUGCCAAAAAUGUUAAAAACAUUCAAGUAAUCCAAGUUUGAUUAGCGGUAUGGGUUAUAAUCCAGUGAUGCUUGUGCUGUGUAUUUAACUAAGACUUUAGUAAGCACGCAUCCUCUUUUUAAAAACUGAUUUAUUUGGCUAAUAUCAAUCGUUUCUGAAUGUAGGCUGCUGGCAGCCAGACAAAAAAAAAAAAGUGAAUGAAAGAGACAACGGCUGUGUCUCAAAUAUGAUGUUUUUGUGAGCUCUGUAGGGUUAAUAUGCAGACAAUGCACUAGAAUUUCCAAGAUAGAAAGGGAAGUGUGCUCUCUUUAUAGCAGAAGCGAACAGAUAAAUUAGAGGGCUUUCAAAAAUGGCAGACAACAUACUGACUGUUGCAACAAAAUAGACACAAAUUAGGUGGGAAAGAUUUUUGCGUGGCCAUUUUUUCCCUCUGGAGGCUCAAUAAUAGAUUUGAUUACUUAUCGUCAAACAUACAGGUGUUAGAUAGUCCAAGGAAAAGUGUAUAGUGUAGACAUAAAGUGCACAGAGCACAAUUUGAGAAUGAGCCUGUAAUGAAAGCAACAAUUAAAAAAAAAUUAAUCUUAAAAACACCGCACUGAGCAAAAGUCUUGAGCCCCCCAAUACACACACACUUCUUCAUAUUAAAUUAAAUUAAUACAUUAAAUAAAUGAAAAAAAAAGGCAAACAGAUGUUUUACUGUGACAGGCUGCAAAGUGCCUAAAGAUGCAAUGUAAAAAUUGGUUGUUUAUGUAACAACCUCAGCAGCGACCUCGUUUCCCCUCUCAUCUGUUCCACCCACUCAUGCAUUCAGCAUCACCAUUAUGCUAAUCACCGCCUGAUCAUCUGUCAUCAUCUGUUUCUCACUGGUUCAUGCCUUAAGUUAGAUGUUCGUCUCAAUGACUUGAAUUAUUCAUAGGUCACCGUGAAUAAUUGUUAAAAAACAAAAAACAUUCCUCUGAAACUGGUUGGGUACGGGGACUGAACUGGAAAUGACACCCAUGACAGUCCUUUAGGAAGCCUGGAGAACUAAUCCCAAAAUCAUAUUAAAAAUACCUGAAUGUCUGACUCUUUGAAAGCAAAAUAUAAAGAAAUAAAGGGGGGUUCAAGACUUUUGCCCAGUACUAUAAAAUAAUGCUGAAACGAACUAGUAUUAAUUAUUAAAACUUGUAAAAACACCAAAAUAUAAUAUUAACAUAAUCCAAAUGCAGAUUUAUGACUCAGAACCCAUCCAAGUACUGAUAUAAAGUGUGUGCAGGUCAAACAAGACACAUAAAGAACUUUAAUAUCACCAUUAUCAUGGGUUUUGGGAUUGCCUUGCAAACAUCUUUAAAAGACAUGGGCUACUUAGGCACCCUGCUCCCCGGGGACGGCAUCCACGCUAAGAUCACAGUCCUUGGUGAUUACCAUAGUAUCUCAUGUUACGAUUAUCGGUGCAGAGAUUUUGUUUUUGGUGAAAAUGAUGAAAUCUAGCCAUAUGAAAUCAAGCUGCCUUUUUACAGUCUGUGUUUUAGUCCUAUAGCACUGUUUUUGUAGAUGAAUGAAUGUUAAGAUGUCAGGAGAAUUAGUAACGUCCCCUGACUGUAUGUACGAAAGCAAACUAACAUCUAAAAAAAAAAAAAACGAACAAAAAAACAUAACAUACAUAAAUAUAAAAACGGUCCAACACUCUGAGUGCACAACAACCGAAUAUCGGCAGUUAUUAAACACUAUGUAAUAUAAUGUAACAUAGCUAAUUCAUACUACUCAAACUAGCAAAGUUUUAAAAAUCAGAUUGGGUUGUGCACUCGGACCUUUAGACCCUAAAUGAGGAAAAAAAAAUAAGAUGAAAAAUUUAACAAGUGAGGCUUGUUCUCUUCUUAAAUGUGUACACAAUAUAAAAUAUAAAAAAAUAAAGAAUGGCAAAAGAUUCAUUGAUGUGAUAAGAUUUGAAUGUGUGACAAUAUUCUUUACAAGGAACUGCAUUAUAAAACCAUGAAUUUCCCCUCAGAAUGAAAAGUUUCAGUGUUUUAAAAUGACUUUAGUGUCUAUAUUAAGAAAAGCAUGCAAUACAAAAAUGACCUGAAUGGAUUUAUUGACACAAGAAAUUUAGAAUUUCUACAAUUCUUUUCAGAAAUUUAUUUUCAGAUUUAUUCAAUGGCUUCUGAUCAGAUUAGAAAAUUUAAUGGCAAUGUGGUUUAACAGAUAAGAGAUAUUGAUAGCACUAUUUAUUAUCUACUAGUAAAAAUAUCUAUAUAGUAGUAUUUAAAAUCUGUCCUUCUCCCAGCUGUGUUUAAUAGGCAACUGGAUCAUAAAGAAAUAAAAUCAGUAUCCCAAACAAAAUUUUUAUCCCCAAAAGUUUUUUUUUUAGUUUUGCCCUGAAGCUACAAGGCUAGUGUAGCCCACAAGUAAGGCAAACGGGGAGCCUCAAUUUAGCACGAUGCAACAGGUCACUUUUGUUUUGUAUCUUGCUUUACAAGCACAAACUUCACAAAAAUCAUCUUAAAACACAAUGUGAAACUAAAAAAAAAAAAAAAAAAAAGUUUUUUAUUCUUAUUUAAAUAAAAAGUAAAAACUGUGGAAUGUUCUUGUAAAUCAAUCCUGGCUGAUCGUUCCAUGCUGGAAAACAUGGACCUUUUAUUAUUAUUAUUAUUUUUAAACUGAAUGUAACACCAUGGCAUUGUGUUUUUCUGUAUCGUCGUCGUGUGUUGUGUCAAAAUGCAUGUGCUGUACAAAUGCUGGACUUUAAAAUGCUUAAAAAUGUUUUUUUUUUUUUUUAUUCCAUCCACCUUUCGUGGUCAUUGCUCAGUGAUUGUCGAUUUUUAUCUCAGACAAACAUAAUUAAAAAACAAAAAAAAUGCAGCCCA